AUGUCCUUGCUAGCCCAUGUAACUACCCCAGUGGACUGUGGGUACUCUCCCAGCGAACUGAUAAUGGGGAGGAGAUUAAGAACCAAUAUCCCAAUACAUCCGAAGCUACUGGCGCUCAUUCGAAAUAGGGAUGAACACAAGAAGGCUCAAAAUCAGCACACAUACAACCACAAACACGAAGACCACUUUAAUCUGGAAGCAGAGUGUGGAUUUAGAAGCCCAAACACUCCUAGCCAGGAAUGGGCGAUAGUUGGAAACACCUUCACUCCACGAUCCUACAUUGAGGAAACAGACGACAGCAGGGGAUACAUCCGACGCAACCGCCGACACAUUAUACCUCCCCGUCUGAGCAGGGCAAUAAAAGCAGAAAACCCAGAAAGAAUCCAAACCUCAAUGACUCAUCAACCAACCCGUCCCCCGAGCCACAAGGGGAUAUGCUAUGGUAUCUAUCUAUCUAUCUAUCUAUCUAUCUAUCUAUCUAUCUAUCUAUCUAUCUAA